GACAGGGCAGACCGGAUCUCCGCGUGUUGUUUAUCCUCCUCCUCCGCGCCGUGUCACCGACUGUCCGCCUGACCGAGGCCGACGAUGAGUGCUGUUCCCCGGCCUGUGAGUGCGGUCCUCCUCGGCCUGCUCUGGUUCUCCGUGUCCGGCUCCUGCUCCUUCCGGGUCCGGAUCCCGCCUCACGAGCAGGUGGCCCGGGUCGCCCGCUUCAUCGCCCACCAGUGCGACUGGGCCUCUGUGGCCACCGUGUCCUCCCGCCCGCCGGUGGUCGGGCAGCCGUUCUCCAACACGCUGUCGGUGAGCGACGGGCCGCGGGGCUCCGGCAGCGGGUCGCCCUACCUGUACCUGACCCGCAUGGAGGCGUCGGUGCAGGACCUGCAGGUGAACCCCGCAGCGUCUCUGUCCAUGACCUUGGCUCAGACAGAUUACUGUCGUCAGCAGGGCUUCGACCCUCAGAGUCCGCUGUGCGCCCGCCUCAUCCUGUCCGGCUCCGUGCUCCAGGUGAACGGGACGGAGGCGGAGUUUGCUAAGAAGUCUCUGUUCAGUCGACACCCGGAGAUGAUUGAUUGGCCUACGGAUCACGACUGGUUCUUCGCCAAGUUCAACAUCACACAGGUGUGGGUGUUGGAUUACUUUGGAGGCCUGAAGUCCGUCUCUCCAGAUGAAUAUUUCCAGGUGUCACCGUUCAGGAAGCAUCACUGACGUCACCGUCUCCAUAGCGACAGUGAACAGAUCUGAACUCGUCUUCCUCAGCAGCUCUUCGGAGGUUUUAGUUUAAUAAUCAUAUAUAUAUAAAUGUAUAUUUUCUGUGUGAGAUGAGUGCAGUGAUGCUGUCUGACCACUGUCUGGAGCCGUCGUGCUGAUCAUCAUCUCUCUUAGAUUCUAAAUAUGACCAACGAUAAAACAUCAUAAUUCAUAAUAUACUCAAGUAUAUAAUGACACAUCUUCUUUCAUCUUGUGUCGUGGCCAUUUAAAUAAACUUUUUUUUCUACAUGUGAUGGAAUAGGGUGGGGUAUCUAGAAGGGGGCGUGGUUUAGCUUGGUAAGGGGGGGCAACUCCUCAACAAGGCGGCCGUCAUAGAUGAGGGUGGAGCUUAUCUCCAAACAGGGGUGUGGUUUAUUCUCAGGGAGGGACGGGGUUUAUCUGAUCGUCGGCGGUGGGUGGGGUUUAAGUUUGUCAUUAUUGCUUUGCUCCUAAAGUAGUUUAUUUUUAUUUUCGGACGACUAUGUUUUUCCUCUUAAAGAGAAUAUUUUGCCUUAAUGAUUAUAACUUUAUAACUUUGCUGUGAAAUUCUAUUUUUCUGUUUGAAAGGAAAAAUAACUGAUGACUUGUAUAAAUAAAGUUUUGUGUUAAAGAAGA